AUGGCCAGGUCGUUCGGUAUGGUCAAUGUCGGAAAUGUCUUUGAAAAAAAAGAAGAAGUGGAAGUUGUAUUUUGCUGCCUAAUCUUCCUACACGAAUCGGAGAGCAAAUUACUAGUUAUGGAACUAUUUGCCAAAUGGCUUGCCUUCGGGCAGCUGAUUGUCGUCACCAGGCUUGUACGUCUUCCGUUCUUAAAGUCUGAUCAGCAGUGUCGGCGUCCCGCUUUCUUUUCAGUUCCUCAAGGUGUUUUGACUCCGUUCUUCCAGUCAGAUCAGCAGUGUUGCGAAGGGCGUUUGUUCUUCCAGUCUGAUCAGCAGUGUUGCGAAGGGCGUCGCGCUUCCAGUCUGAUCAGCAGUGUUGCAAAGAGCGUCCCUCCCAGUCUGAUCAGCAGUGUUGCGAAGGGCGUCCCUCUUACACUGAUCAGCAGUGUUGCGAAGGGCGUCCCGCUUUCUUUUAGCUUCCUCAAGGUGUUUGGACCAAAACACUCGAUAGUGUUUAUGUGUUUAGACCAAAACACUCGAUAG